AGUGGUUAUCUUACGUCACGUGUGAGAGGGAGAGGAAUAGGGACGAAGGUUAAAGCAGCGAGAUGAAUGCAUCUCAGGAAAAAAAAACAUGAAUUAUCUAAUUCAACGUAAAUAUUAUAAGCAUAAAUAUGAUUGACUUGUUCACCAUCAGAGAAUGCUGAAAUACAUGAGAGAGAAACACUGAUAAGCUCAUGACCAUCUCCUAGUGUGUGCAGAGUAAACUGGGCUCACCCAGCAGAGUGAUGUCCUCUCCAGGAAUGGGCACCCCCAGUGACCCUCUCUUGACCAGCCCAGGAGGGAGGUCAUCAGAGAGGCCAUUGGGUACCACUAAUGACGGCCUCUGGAGAAGCUCCAUGCCCAAGACGGCCAGCUUUCCAUCGUCAACCACGCGCCUCUUGAGUCACCGUGCCAACAACUUCCAGAGACCCCCGAAGUGUUGGAAGCUGAUCAGACCAUCCCCACCCCCACCGCCCAACACCCCCUGCCCCCUGGAUCAGCUGGACCUCAGUGAGCUACCCCCCCGCCGCACCUUCCCAGAGCUGCUCUUCAAUGGCUGCGUCCUGUUUGGCAUCGAGUUCAGUUAUGCCAUGGAGACGGCCUAUGUCACCCCUGUCCUGCUACAGAUGGGUCUGCCAGACCAGUUCUACAGCCUAGUGUGGUUCACCAGUCCUAUAUUGGGAUUCCUUGUCCAGCCUCUCCUGGGAGCUUGGAGUGACCGCUGUACAUCCCGCUUUGGCCGGCGGAGACCGUUUAUUUUGGUCUUGGCUAUAGGAGCUCUGCUCGGUUUAACACUGGUGCUGAAUGGGCGGGACAUUGGAGCUGCGGUGGCAGACACAGCAACCAAUCACAAGUGGGGCAUCAUACUGACUAUUUGUGGAGUGGUUCUGAUGGACUUCAGUGCGGACUCGGCAGAUAACCCCAGCCAUGCCUACAUGAUGGAUGUGUGCCUGCCAGAGGACCAGGAUCGUGGCCUCAAUAUUCAUGCACUACUGGCAGGUCUGGGUGGUGGAUUCGGGUACAUCGUGGGUGGAAUUAACUGGGACCACACUGAUUUCGGGAGAUCAAUGGGAGGUCAACUUCGAGUCAUAUACAUGUUCACCAGUGUCACUUUGGUCAUUGCCACAUGCAUGACCCUCAACAGCAUCCCCGAGCGGCCCCUGCCAAAGACACAGCCUCAGAAGGGCUCUCUAAAGAGCCCCAGCCUCCCUCUACCCCCCUCUCCCCCAGACCCUCAGGGGGCAGGGCUGGGAUUGGAGGAGGAAGAUGAAGUGACUGGGCUCAAUAGCUACCAGUUCUCUGAACCCCGCCCCUCGAACCCUGACACCAACGCACGCCUCUGUGCCAGCCUCACCAGCCCCAUCUCCCCCCUCAGCCCCCUCACUCCUAAAUAUGGUAGCUUUAUCAGUCGGGACAACUCUCUCACUGGCAUUAACGAGUUUGCCUCAUCCCUGGGAACCUCCUAUAUAGACAGUGUGCUCAUCGACUGCUACACUGGACAGCCAUCGCCACAGCCCCUUGACCCAGACACUGCAACCCGACCCCUGCCUCCAGGGGACACCCCACCUCUCCAGAGAUCUCAGCCUGGAACAGGUUCACAGUCUGUAGCAGUGACAGUGACCCUGGCUGGGGCAGGAUCCCAGGCCGGGGCAGGGGAGGCUCAGAUCGGGGGAGGGUCCCAUCGAGGUUCAUCCGCUAGUAUCUUGAAGCGCCCUCAGAGCCUUGCACUAGUGGAGGAGUCCAUGGUGACCCUGAGUGGAGGGAUGGAAAAUGGUCGCAGAAGAACAGUGACCUUCAGUCAGCAGGUGGCAAAUAUUCUGCUGAAUGGGGUGCGCUAUGAGAGUGACCUGAGUGAAAAUGUGGAGACAGCAGAUUCACAGAUGUCAAUGAGUAUGCUGUGUAUCGCCAUCUACAGGAUGCCUCCGUCACUGCGCAGCCUCUGCACUAACCAUUUUUUGGGUUGGCUGUCCUUUGAGGGUAUGCUGCUGUUCUACACUGACUUCAUGGGGGAGGUAGUGUUUGAGGGAGACCCCAAAGCACCCCAUGACUCUGAAGCCUACCAACGCUACAAUGCUGGGGUCAGCAUGGGCUGCUGGGGCAUGUGCAUCUAUGCAUUCAGUGCUGCCUUUUACUCAGCCAUUUUGGAGAAGUUGGAGGAACGUUUCUCCCUCCGCUCUCUCUAUUUCUUUGCCUACCUGGUGUUUGGCCUUGGCACAGGCCUUGCUACGCUCUCCACCAACAUUUAUGUGGUGCUGUUUCUCUGUAUCACCUAUGGGGUUUUAUUCUCCACUCUAUGCACGCUACCUUACUCUCUGCUGUGUGAAUACUACCAGAGCCCGCAGUUCUGUGGAUCAUCAGAGGAAGGCACCAGGAGAGGAAUGGGGGUGGACAUCUCUCUGCUCAGCUGCCAGUACUUCCUGGCUCAGAUCAUAGUGUCCGUGUCGAUGGGACCUCUGACCUCACUGGUAGGUGGGGCCCAGGGAGUGAUGUACUUUUCCAGCGUGAUGUCAUUCGUGGGCUGUCUGUACUCCUCCCUCUGCGUGGUGUACCAUCUGCCCCCCCCUGAGGGUGAGCCUUCCGGAAGCGAGACCCAGCCACUACUUGUGCACAUUUAGCCCCCCUCACUGCUCUACACUCUCGCACUGCAGUCACAACACACACUGCAUAUAGUCUACACACUGUCACUUUCUCAUACUGCUCAGCAUAGCUCCUCUCAAGAGCUUAGACUGACAAGACACAUUGGCCACUGUUAUCAGUAUGUUGGAUAGUGUGUCCAUGCAUUUCUUUCUGCUCAUUUCCACUAAAAUAUGUGAUGUUGAUGGCGUGUCUGUGUGUGCAUGCCUGAUUAUUCUGCUGUCAGUAGCCUUUUUCUUCAUUACUACUUCUUGAUUUUGAUGUUAGGUUUAGGCUGCUGCCCACCAAAUAUAAAAUACGUAUAGCCUCUACAUCCCCUAUUAUUAAUGAAAACUAUGUUUGAGGGUUCAUUGUUUUGGUCUUGUCUAAUAUCUGCUUGCGCUGUAGCCUCCUGUUUUCAUCUCAUGGCCAAGAGAAUGUAUACCUACCUGUUUCUCUGAGUUAGCACAUCCCCCUGUAGGCAGGUUUAGGGACUGUCUGAGUCACCAAUGACCUUUGCUUGAAGCCCUAAAUUCAUGUAAAAGCACAGUAACACAUCUACUGUACAUCUACACACAGACACACGAUACAACACACACACGCCAUAUAGUACUGCAUUCACUCGGUUUGCACUAUGUGAACAUUAGAGCCAAGCAUGUGCCCUCCUCUGAUCAGGUUUACAUCUUUCUCACCAGUCAACCAGAUUAUUAUGGUCAUUAUUUACCAUUUUGACUUGACAGUCACCAAUGCGUUCACAAACAUACACACAGACAAACCCUUUACUAAGCCAUGGACUUCAAUCUGACCUGUCACUCAGCUACUGGUGUGACCGUUGUAAUGAGUGAUUCUUGUCAUUACCAGGAAGAGAAGUUGAAACUGGGGUGUGAUUCGGCAUUCCAUCAGAAACCGAACAAAAAAGAACAACAAAUCUGUUGUUUGGUGGCAAGAAAUAAUUCAAGAAAAUACAUGUGAACUAUGCUAUCGAUGAUGGAGCUGGACAACUUUGAGGGAAGAAUUUUGGGUUCAUUUUUGCCAACAGCAAGUGCUUAUUUUCACCACUAGGGUGCAUGCUUUAGUGUUUAGGCUUGUUUCACCACACUAUACCCAAACUGGCUCACUGGAGUGAUCCUCUCACAUUUGGGAUAGUUAUCCAGUCUCCUCACACACCACACUCAAUCAUUCAUUUAGAUUCUAUACAGCUGAAAUAACAGUUCGUCUUCCAUGUUCACCAAGCAGCCAAUGAAAACAUUGGUGAAAUCAUAAUUACUUUUCAAUUUAAAAAAAUAAUAAUCUGGGACAGGCUAAAAUAGCUUGCUUGGCAUUGCUUGCCUUGGACAUCACAAUGUAAUUUACACUUUUUUAAUGAAUUGUCAAAACUCAUGCCUGCAUGAGUCACCUAUAGCUGGUGAUGGCUCAGCAGAAUGUUGAUCAGGGUCUCCCACUAAAGCCUCCCUAACAGACUGGACACAUGCCAUGAUGAUGUCAUGUGUCAGGCUGGUUUCUUGUGAGGAAACAGGACCUGUAUGGAGGACCAUCAUCCUGUUCCAACUUGCUUCAAUUCAACAAAAUAACAUUUCUAGUAUUUUACAAUAAAAUGUGUCUUCUGAUGGUUCUUUUUCAUCCGUAAUUCCAAUAUUAUAUUACUGUAACAGCUACUUAACCUCAGGGUAGAAUUCAAUUAAAAUAACCAUUUUGACUUUU